GAGAGAAACUUGAGCCUCGGAGGGUCUACAGAAGAAACCGCAGGAUCUAGAGAGGAGGAACUUCAGGAGGAACCUCGGGAGGAUCCAUACAUAGGCUCUGCGGGAAGAAACGAGAGGAACGAACGGGGUUCUAGAGAAGAAACUACAGCGGGAACUGGAGGAGGAGCUUCAGGAGGAUCUAGAGAAGUGGAGGAACGCAGAAGGACAGAAGGAACCUCAGGAGGAUCUCAGAAAGGAAGUAGAAGAAGAAAAAGGACAGAUGGCUGGGUCAGAGGAACCUGCUGUUGCUGCGUGCAGCAGCCUCGUCUUCUACGUGAACGGCAGGAAGGUUGUGGAGAAGAAUGUGGAUCCAGAAACGACGCUUCUCUCCUACCUCCGUGCUAAAAUGCGGCUCACCGGGACCAAGUACAGCUGCGGGGGCGGAGGAUGCGGAGCCUGCACCGUGAUGGUGUCCCGCUACAACCCGCGGGAGAAGACCAUCUCCCACUUCUCGGCCAACGCGUGCCUGCUGCCCGUGUGCCAACUGCACCUGGCUGCGGUCACCACCACGGAGGGCAUCGGAAGCACCGAGACCAGGAUCCACCCCGUCCAGGAACGCAUAGCAAAGGCCAAUGGGUCCCAGUGUGGCUUCUGCACCCCAGGGAUGGUGAUGUCCUUGUACGCCCUCCUGAGGAACCAGCCGCAGCCCAGCCUGGAGGACAUCGUGGAGGCCCUAGGCGGAAACUUGUGUCGAUGCACUGGGUACCGUCCCAUCGUCGACGGCUGCAAGACGUUCUGCGGGGCGUCCAGCUGCUGCCAACUCAACGGCCAGGAGGAGAGCUCCGUCAACGGGGAGGUGAAUGGGGUUCCUGAGCUGUUCCAUGAGGGGGAUCUCCUUCCUCAGGACCCGACCCAAGAGCUGAUCUUCCCUCCAGAGCUCAUGCUCAUGGCAGAAUCCCAGAGGCCGCUCACCCAGACCUUCUGCGGGGAACGGAUUACCUGGGUGUCCCCGGUGACCCUGCGGGAGCUCGUCGAGCUGAAGGCGAAGCACCCGAAAGCGCCGCUCGUCCUGGGGAACACCGGCGUUGGUCUGGAGAUGAAAUUCAAAGGCAUCCUGCAUCCUGUGAUCAUCUCUCCGACCCGCGUCCCAGAGCUCUACGAGGUGAACAAGACACCAGACGGAGUGUGGGUGGGCGCGGCCUGCUCCCUCACAUCACUCAAGACCUUGGUGGAGAAGCUGGUGCGGGAGCUCCACGAGGAUCAGGUGGAGACGUUCUCGGCCCUCCUCCAGCAGCUGCGCAGCCUCGGGGGCCAGCAGAUCCGCAACGUGGCCUCCCUGGGCGGUAACAUCGCGAGCGCCGCUCCGAACUCGGACCUGAACCCCGUUCUUGCUGCCGGAAGGUGCAUCCUCAGCGUCAUCUCUAAGGCAGGAGGAAGAAGGGAAAUUGCUGUAAAUGAAGAUUUCUUCGUCGGCUUUGGGAAAACAGCCCUUAAACAAGACGAAAUCAUUCUGUCCGUUUUCAUUCCGGUGUCCAAAAGGGGGGAGUUCGUGCGGGCUUUCCGGCAAGCUCCGCGCAAGGCCAACGCCCUGGCCACCGUCACCUCGGGGAUGCGGGUCCGGUUCGCGCAGGGCACCGAUGCGGUCGAGGAUCUCGCCAUCUUCUACGGAGGAGUGGGGCCCUGCACCGUGGGAGCCACCAAAACCUGCCGGGAGGUCAUCGGCAGACGCUGGAAUGAGGAGACCCUGAACGAGGCCUAUCGGCUCCUCCUGGACGAGAUCUCCCUCCCGCCCUCAGCCCCCGGCGGGAAGGUGGAGUUCCGCAGGUCCCUGACCCUCAGCUUCCUGUUCAAGUUCAACCUGCAGAUGCUGCAGAAGCUCAACGAGAUGAGCAUCAUCCCGGAGGACCUACCUGGGGAGGUGGCGAGUGCCGUUCGAGGUCUGCCGAAGGAGCUGCAGCCCAGCUUCCAGGAGUUCCAGGAGGUGUCCCAGGGUCAGCGUGGUGACGACCUCGUGGGGCGGCCGGUCAUGCACCGCUCGGCCCUGAGCCAGGCGACGGGGGAGGCCGUGUACUGCGAUGACAUCGCCGGGUCCCAGGGGGAACUCUUCCUCGCUUUGGUGACGAGCACGAGGGCUCACGCUAAGCUCAUAAAAAUAGACGACGGCGAAGCGCUCAAGCUCCCCGGAGUUGUGGAUGCGGUAACUGCCAAGGACAUCCCGGGCAAGAAGUUCCGGACCUUCACUGGCAUCGACGAGGAGCUGCUGGCUGAGAACGAGGUGACCUGUGUGGGUCAGAUGGUCGGCGCGGUCGUCGCGGACACCAGGCAGCACGCCAAGCAAGGUGCGGCGGCGGUGAAGGUGGUCUACGAAGACCUGCCGGACCGCGUGUUGACCAUUGAGGAAGCCAUUGAGAAAAAGUCCUUCUUCAAGCCACAGAGGGAGAUCGAGAGGGGCAACGUGACAGAGGGCUUUCGGAAGGCCGAUCAGAUGCUGGAAGGGGAGAUCCGCAUUGGGGGACAGGAGCACUUCUACAUGGAAACGCAGAGCAUGCUGGUGGUCCCAUCAGGAGAAGAGAAAGAGCUCAAAGUGUACCUGUCCUGUCAGCACCCGACGUACGCCCAGGAGUCCAUUGCGGAGACGCUGGGGAUCCCGUCCAACCGGGUGUCCUGCCACGUGAAAAGGAUGGGUGGAGCUUUUGGAGGGAAAGUCACAAAAACCUCCAUCCUUGCAUCCAUCACUGCUUUGGCUGCAUGGAAGACGGGACAGGCUGUGCGGUGUGUGCUGGAGCGGGGGGAUGACAUGCUCAUAACAGGGGCUCGCCAUCCCGUCCUGGCCAACUACAAGGUGGGCUUCAUGAACGAUGGAAGGAUUAUUGCAGCAGAUAUUCAGUAUUUUACGAAUGCAGGGAACACUGGAGAUGAGUCUAUCUUGGUGAUUGAGAAGAUCCUCCUUCACAUAGACAAUGCUUACAGUGUGCCUAACCUGCGAGGUCGAGCCACAGCCUGCAAGACCAACCUUCCUUCCAACACAGCCUUCCGGGGCUUUGGAGUGCCCCAGAGCAUGCUGGUUGUGGAGAGCGUGAUCAACGAUGUGGCCAUGAAGCUAGGCUGCACUGCCGAGGAGAUCCGAGAGAAGAACAUGUACAAGGGGCCAUCCAUCACCCACUACAAGUUGCAGUUUGACCCAGAGAACCUGCUUCGCUGCUGGGACGAGUGUUUACAGAAGGCAGACUACCACAGCCGCCGCACUACCAUUGCCCAGUUCAACCAGAGCAACCGCUUCAAAAAGAGAGGCAUCGCUGUCAUUCCCAUCAAAUACGGCAUCGCCUUCGCCGAGUGCUUCCUCAACCAGGCUGCUGCUCUGGUCCACAUCUACAAGGACGGGUCGGUUUUGGUGAGUCACGGCGGAGCGGAAAUGGGCCAAGGCAUUCAUACGAAGAUGCAGCAGGUGGCCAGUCGGGAGCUGCGAAUUCCGGUGUCCUUGAUCCACAUCUCGGAGACCAGCACGAACGUCGUCCCAAACACGUGUCCGUCAGCGGCCUCCUUUGGCACAGAUGCCAAUGGGAUGGCAGUCAAGAUGGCCUGUGAGACGCUGCUCCAAAGACUUGAACCAGUUAUUAGGGAGGACCCCAAAGGCACCUGGCAGAGCUGGAUCAAAGCUGCUUUCUUCAAGAAGAUCGGUCUUUCUGCAACUGGAUAUUACAGGGGUCCUGACACAUACAUGGACUGGAAGAAACAGGAGGGUCAACCAUACGCCUAUUUCACCUAUGGCACUUGUUGUAGUGAGGUGGAGGUGGACUGUCUCACGGGUGACUAUCAGACUCUGAGGACAGACAUUGUCAUGGACAUUGGAAGAAGCAUUAACCCUUCAAUUGACAUUGGCCAGAUUGAGGGGGCAUUCAUGCAGGGACUUGGCCUUUAUACCAUGGAGGAGCGCAAGUUCUCACCCUCUGGGAUGCUCUACCCCCGGGGACCCGCACAGUACAAGAUCCCUGCCGUGUGCGACAUGCCCUUGAAGUUCAAUGUCUACCUGCUGGCUGGAUCCAGCAAUCUACAUGCAAUCUACUCCUCCAAGGGUAUCGGUGAACCUGUUCUGUUCCUAGGGAGUUCAGUCUUCUUUGCCAUUAAAGAUGCGGUGGCAGCCGCACGGAAGGACGUGGGUCUCGGCGGCCCCUUCAAGUUGGACAGCCCUGCUUGCCCAGAGGAGACCUGCCUGGCCUGUGCCUCCUGCUUUGUGCAGAUGGUUCCAGUCCCCAAACCUGGAUCCUUCCAGCCAUGGGCCAUUGAUGUGUGACAGCCAAGGCCAAGUUUGUUUCGCAUGUUCGUAACACGUUGAUCCUCCACGGUUUUCUAGAAUUAACAAUUUACAGAAGCUCAAGUAUUAAACAUUAAUCACCUUACUUUAUGUUCAUCAAAUAAAACUGAACCUGUUAUCCAGGAUUUACCUAGAUUAAAGGAAUUACAAAGUACCCUUAACCCUGCUUAUUGCUAAAAAUAUAAAUUGGUCAGUGU